AUGGAAUGGAUUCUGAGGGCGAAGCAAGAUCAAGACAUCUACAAGCCUUACGAAUGUCCGGAAUACACAGAUGAUGAACUUUUCACCAUAAAAAUGCACUGUAAUGGUGAAAUGCAAGAAGACCCUAAGAAAUACAUUGGUGGCUUUGUGGUGUAUGUGGAUUUCUGUGACUCUGAUGCUAUUAGCCUGCUAGAAAUAAAUAGUAUGUUGGUUGAAUGUGGUGCAAGGGGUGGGUAUUACAAAUUGUGGUAUAAGCUGCCAGGUACCUUAAUGGAGAAUGAUUUGUUUGAGUUAGAGACUGAUGAAGAACUUAUGCUAAUGUGUACACUUAUAACCAACAAAGAGAGGCCUAAGAUAAAUAGGUAUGUAGAAUUAUUUGUGAGCAGGAUAUGUGCACCCUUAAAUGUAGAAUUAGAUGGGGAUUGGGCUCCUAAUCAAGAGGAAAUACAUAUGGGCAACCCUUUUCCUGAUUCUACUCAACAAGAAAUUGAUCUAGAGCAAGAAUUGAGGGACUUUGAGGGUUUGGAUAAAGACUUUUCUGAUCCUGCUGAUAGUGAGGAUUAUGAAUUGAAUGGGAGUGACAGUGAUGAUGAAACCUGGCAUUCAGAUGCCUCCAACAAGGACGACACCGAUGAUGAUCUGAUUUUUGAGAAAAAUAUUGACAAAACAGUGUUUGAAGAACAUGAUAUCCCUGAAGAGGAACCAGAGAAGGAUGAUAGUGUUCAUACUGAUGAUGAUAGUGUUUAUGCUGGGAGUGAUGAAGAAAGAAUGGCAGCAAAUUCUACCGAUGAGGAAGACGAUGACUUUCACGUGUUCAAUGAAGAUGUAGAUAUGGAAAGACCUGUUUUUAAGAAUGGUAUGUUGUUUAAGAAUUCACAGGUAUUUAGGAAGGCUGUAAGGACUCAUGCCAUUGUAGAGAGGAGACCAGUGGAACUUGUUCCAAACUACGGCCGGAAGGUGAAGUAUGUAUGUAAGAAGCCUUGUAAAUGGACUGUGUAUGCCUCUCCAUUUAAUAAGAGUGAAACUUAUCAGAUAAGGACUAUGGUGAAUAAGCAUACAUGCAUGCCUACUUUCCAUCAGAAACAAAUUAAUUCUGUGUGGCUUGCGGAGCAUUAUGAGAAGGAAAUAAGAAUGAAUCCUUCGUGGCCUGUAGCUGCUUUUCAUAAGAAGAUAUUCAAUGAUUUCAAGUGUGAGGUGUCAAAACAUGCUGUGUACAGGGCCAAGACAAGAGCAUUGUUGAAGAUAAAUGGCACUCACAGAGCACAAUUUGCUCAGGUGUGGGACUAUGCUUAUGAACUGAAGAUGAUACUCCCUGAUUCCACUGUUAAGAUUCUCUGUGAAGAUCCAGAACCAGGGACUGAGAGAGGAAGAUUUAUGAGAAUGUACAUAUGUUUGGGACCUUUGAAGAAUGCAUUUGUACAGUUCUGCAGAAAAUUAGUUGGGUUAGAUGGUUGCCACCUAAAGGGACCCUUUGGUGGACAGUUAUUGGCUGCAGUUGGGGUAGAUGCCAAUGAUGGCAUGUACCCCAUUGCAUGGGCAGUGGUAGAAUCAGAAACAACAGAGUCUUGGACUUGGUUUUUGGAACUCUUGAGUCAGGAUUUAAAGAUUCAAAGUGAUGCUGAUUGGACCUUCAUAUCAGAUAGACAGAAGGGACUCAUAAAUGCAUUGGAGCUGAUUGUACCAAAUGCAGAACACAGAUUCUGUGUUAUGCAUCUGUACCAAAAUAUGCACAAGGAGUUUAAGGGAAUUGCUCUAAGGCAGUUGCUUUGGAAAGCUGCUAGGUCUACAACAAAUUGGGAGUUUAACCUUCAUAUGAACAAGAUGAAAGAGAUUGCAUCUAGAUGUCAUGAGUGGCUCAUGGCUAAGCCAAAGAGUCAAUGGACAAGAUCUUCUUUUAGGACACUUGUUCACAGUGACAUGUUUGUUAACAAUCACUGUGAAGUGUUUAACAGUAGUAUAAGAAAGUAUAGGGACUUGCCUAUCAUUACCAUGUUUAGGGAGCUGCAUAAAUCAGUGAUGAAAAGGAUCCAAGUAAGAAGAGACAAAAUGGUAGCAAGGGACACUGUGAUAUGCCCUAAUGCACUUAAGAAAUUGAACAAGGCAAUUCAUCACGCUGGCAAUUGUGUUGUAACCUGGUCAGGAGGCACAUCAUAUCUAGUCACUUGUACAGAUGGUGGCCAUGAGCUAGUCGUGGAUUUAAACAAAAAAAGUUGUUCUUGCAGAAAAUGGGAUCUAUCUGGAAUUCCCUGCUAUCAUGCUUGUGCAUGCAUAGCAGUUAGGAAUGAACCAUGGGGGAAUCAUAUACAUGGCUUCUACACUAAGGAGUUGUACAUGAAGCUUUACAAUUGUACCUUGGAGCCAAUUAUGGGGCCAGAAUUUUGGGAACAAGCAUCUGAGCCAAGGCCUUUGCCUCCCAAUGUGAAGACCCCUGCUGGAAGACCAAAGAAAAAAAGGACCACAAGGAAUGACAUUCCUCAAGAUCCAACAAAAUUGAGCAAAGUAGGCACAAUUGUUAAUUGCACUUAUUGUAAAGCAAGAGGUCAUAAUACUAGAAUUUGUACAACUAAGAGAAAUGACAUGGCCAAAAAGGCAGCAGAGGAUGGGAGGUUGCCUAUUAUUCCUAAAUCUACAUGUGUGUGCAAAACUUGCAACCAACCUGGACAUAACUCAAGAACUUGUCCAGUCAAGAAACAACAGCAGCAAGGAGGCAAUGCAUCAACAAAAAAUGUAAGCAGGGAGCAAGACCAGCAAACAAUUCCAAAUACGAUGGGAGGUAGCUCCAGGACAGAAGGUCAAGGAACUCAAUGCAGCUCCUCAGUUGCAAAUCAGAAGAAGAAGCUCACUCCAAAGAGGAAGAGAUGAAGACUUGCAGCAUUUUUUUGCUUAGUUUUUGGUCAUUUUGGCAAAUAUCCCAAAAUUAUAUGUAUUCAUGACUGCUUUGUUUUUUGUUGGGGCUGGUUGGUUGGUGUGUAGUUUUAUGACACAAAUUUGCAAGUCAUAUGGUUGUUGGGAUUGUAAUAGCUGGCCUUCACUUUAUGGCUUUUUACCUAGAACUUUUGACAGUGCCAUGCUAUUUUGAGGCCAACAUUGAAUUAUGAUGUGCCAUUCUUAAGUUUGUAUUCAGUAAUGUACUAUUAACUGUGCAAUUUCCUACAAUUUUCGUUGGUAUGGAUGUCUAUUUUGGUUUUUCAA